AUGAGUGACUGGUGGACUGAUUUCGCCAACAAUCUUGCUACAGACCUUGCUCCCCUUGUUUCUCUAUUUGGAGAAGCCCCUACCAAGCAGUAUCUGAGCGAGUGUCUAUAUACAACUGACAUUAUCAUCUUUGCAACCGCACCUCUUGGUAUCAUUACUGCAGUUGUCUCAGCAAUCCGUGUUUACGGCACCCCGUCCCUCAGAGCUUUUAUUGGACGCGCUCAGGAAGGAGCAGGUACAGCCGAAGCCGAGCUCUGCUCAUCCACCAGCCGUGAUGUCUGUGAACUCUAUAACAAUGGAGGCGUCACUCGUGUUUUUGGCCGCCCGAAGCUCCUAGAGAUAAUUCACGAUGAGGAGGCGACGGAAGAUGACUUCUAUCGAAAAGCCCCAGACACACCUCCAAACGCGGGAAUCUAUACAUUUGAAGACUAUCUUAAGACGCCCCGAAAUGAGUGGAGGGAGCUCAAAAAGCCUUUCGAGGAUGAAGAACGCCUUGCCUCACUCUUUAACAGCGGAAAGGCGGAGUCUUUGGAUUCUAUGGCGUCUCAACAGAACUUCGCUCCAAAUCCGAAUCUAUCUCUAAAUGUGGGAUUAAAAAAAAGAAAAAUGCGUUGGUAUAUUGCAGCAUCCAUAUUUGGAAUUCUUCUGCAGUCCGGCGUUCUCGUAUGGGCCGCUAUCGCAAGAUAUUACUACAAAUUCUUGAGAGACGACCUGCAAGACGUAUAUGCAGUCCCGAUGACCGUCUUCGGAACUAUCCUACUCUGUACUGGAAUAGCACUUUGCGCCUGCUUAGUUGAAAAGGGUACUAGGGAGAGGGUCUUUGAAAGAGAAUUCCCCAGUGCCUCUCAAAUUUACUGGGUUCAACCUGGUACCCAAUUUGUCGGUGAUCAGGCCUUCGAUUCUUUUGCCUACACUCAUCGCAAAGGCAAACUCUCCACGUACAUAACGUCUUGGAAAGAGAAGAAGAAAGAUCCUCAAAAGGCCUUGGUAUGGACCGCUAUUAGCUCCGCGUCAGCCGGCUUCGUAUUACAAUUUUUGGGCCUCAGAGCCUGCCAUUCAUCGGUAGCAGUGGCUCAGCUGGGUGCUACUCUCGUAAUGACAGCGGUACGAUCAUCCCUCCGGAUAAAGCGCUUGAAACAGAGUGAAGUUUACUUGGCGGAUCGUCCAGAAUUCUACGAGGGUCAUGAACUGGAUUGGCUGUCUCUAAACAUUGGGGAUUUGAGCCGUGAUGGUCGGUUUGGGUGGACAGUUUCUACCACAAGAUAUCACCACGCCGGGGAGCUCUCCAACGAAAGAUGCAAGGUCUUUGACGAGAACUGGCCAUCACAGAAUGGGUCACCUGUUUACCAACCCAAGAUGGUGGGGAAAGCCCAUCAGGUCAACACAAAUACCACAUUUGAGGUUCUGUCAGUGCAAUGCGAAAAUAACCACCUGCUCUCUGGUUUUCGGCUGGUUCGUGGUGACAAUCACAAAUCGCAUGCGAACCAGGUAUCCGAAAACUGGCCUUGUACUCCUCGCCUAGGUAUCCAGCCUGACCCUCCAAAAUGGCCAGAUGCUGCUCUGCCCAUUACGGAACGUGGCUUCCAACUUUCUGCAGAGGGAGUUCGGGAUCAUGUUCAAUUUCUUCCCGAACAUUGGCGGGCCGCCUUUAAUAGGAGAUCGGCAGAAGAUAGGUUACCCCAUGAGAUUGCAAAAACACUGCUGUAUAGGGCACGUCUUGCCCGCCUAGCGAGCAGUUGGGAGGAUAGGUUUGUUUCUGUUCGAAGCAUCGCACGAUCAUUAGCGCGGGCUAUCGAGGACACGGCCACAGUUCUAUUUACCACGGAUGUAGUCUUUGAGCAUGGAUGGCAUGAAACUUUUACUCUCCUCUGGGCUGUUCCAUGUUCACCUGACCGCACGAGACCUACUAUUGAGUUCAAGCUUGGAAGCUCGCCAUGGGACAGUGUCAUGAUUGAAAGAAGAGAAAAUGACCGAAACAUCUACCUCUCGCUCAGGCGGAAGAUUGACGUGGAUGGCAACUCCGAGGGCAGGUGGCGAGUUGACGAAGCUGAACUCGAAGCGGUGCUUGGGAUAUGGCUGUGGUCUCUCAGACAGUUUGGUAUAAAUGGACCUCUGCAAGCCCCGCUCAAGCGCAUUAUUUCCGCCAAAUCGAAUUCGCCGCAGGAUACUAACGCUAUCUUGGAUUUUGAACUCUGGCGUGCUGGCGGAGGCUUUAAUAUCAUCGAGACAAAAGAGCCUGGUUCUUACGUGAAUCGCCUAUUUGGCUGGCAGAAUGUCUCUGCCGACGUAUUGGAAGGUGGUAACUUCACGAUGCUGGAACUCCCUGCGCUGACCAAAUCCUUCCCUACCAUGUGUGCCCAGGAGAUUUAUUCACUGUUUUUCGCAUCGAUGACAAGGAUUAUUAAAAGCAUUGGUGGGAAAACGACAGUGCGCGACACCAAACGCUUCGGUCUCAGCAAUACCAACAUCUGUCGGAUCCACGAUUCUUUCGUAAAUAGUGGCCUAGGACCCGUGGAGGACGCCUUUGCCUGUAUAAUUCCUGCGCUUAGGAUCGAAGGAAAGCUGCCAUCGGCAAUAGGAACUUUCACCUCCGCUAGACAGGCCGCUGAACUCCAUGUUCAUGAUGGUAAAUGGGUGGAAGCAGAGAAGAUCCUACUAUGGGCCCUUCAGCGUACCGAGCAACCGGAAUCAAGCUCGAAUGAGGAGGAUGAUGAAAUUAAACGGGCUGAAUUACUGAACCACCAACAAUUGCUAACCUUGACAUUGUGUGAAUGCUACCGCAAGGCUGCUUUUUGCGAUGGAAGCCUAUAUUUGGCAGCAAACGGCAUUGUCAGGUUUCUCAUUGACCCUAUUUUUGAGACCUUAAAGCGCAUCCCGCUCGCUACUGAAGGGGAUUGUCGACGCACUCUUGCUAGCACUGUGAGGUGUUACGGUCACCUUGUGGUGCGUUAUUUACAUGACCUAGAUGAAAAGGAGACAGCGAAGGAACUGGAAGCAGUACUGCAGAACAGUGAAGCCACUGAUCUCAACUCACCUGAACCGGUUGGAAUAGAUUUGUGGAAACCACUUCAAACAUCACUCUCCCGGAUAAUUGACUCUGGUGACCUACUUUCCACCUUAUUCUUUCUGGAGUUGUUCCCUACGAGCAAUACUAAGGAAAAUGGAUCAGCACUCUUGUCAGCAGCGAAGCGGGGCUGGUAUGUUAUUGUUAAGAAUCUCAUUGAUCGCGGGGCCAUUUUUGAAAGACCAGACAAACACAACCGCACUGCUAUAUCAUAUUCUGCAGAAAAUGGAGAUUUUAUCACCUUUGACUAUCUUCUGGGAAAGGGGGCAAUCCCCAUCGUCAAGGAUAAUAAAUGCCGCACCCCUCUAUCUUAUGCCGCAGGGUUCGGAAACGUGGCUAUUGUUAGGAAACUACUAGCAGAUGCAAGGGUCGAUCCAGACGUUAAAGAUGAAGAAGAAUUGACGCCAUUACAAUGGGCAGCUAUUAAUGGACAUGAAAAAGUGGUUGAACUGCUGUUAGAAAAGGAAGUUGUGAAUGUGAACUCGAUGGACCGCAAACUACGCACGCCGCUGUCCAAUGCAGCACAUCGAGGGCAUGAAAAAGUUGUUCAGUUGCUGUUGGCAAGGAAUGACACAGACGUGAAUCUCAAAGAUGAAUGCGGAAGAACAGCGCUAUCCUGGGCAUCAAUAAACGGGCGUGAGAAAGCGGUGGAACUAUUCCUAGAAAGAGAAAGGGUGAAUUUGAACGCUGAAGACAAGUAUUCGGACACUCCGCUGUCCCAUGCUGUUUUUAAGGGGAGGGAGAAAGUGGUUGAACUGCUCCUUAGAAAUAAGGAUGUGGACAAGACUUGGACAAGUUGGAAUGGCAGGACACUCCUAUCUACGGCGGCAGGCAACGGGCACGAGGGGGUGGUUAAACUGCUUCUGGCUACGGGGAGGUUUGAUGUGGAUCUAAAGGAUGACGAUGGGCUAACAGCACUAUGUUGGGCGAUAAAGAAGGGGCAUGAACGGGUGGCUGACCUGCUGCGUACAGUGGAGGGUAAGAAGAAUACAGAGUAG